AUGGAAGGAUAUCCAAAUGCGGCGGCAAAAUUCUCCAAGGAGGCGAAUCUACAGCCGCACCAAGACAAUGCAUCUAUUCGGGCGAGACAAGAAAUUCAGAACCACAUACAUAGUGGCAGUAUUCAGGCCGCAAUUGAAGCUUUGAAUGAGCUUGACCCAGAGCACCACGCUGACCGCAUCACACAGAUCCUAGAUGAUGACAAAGCAUUGCACUUUUCGCUGUUACGUUUGCAACUAGUGGAGCUCAUCCGUUCAUGUAAUUCCGCCGGUGGUGACAUUGGCCCAGCUCUCAAAUUUGCUACGGAACAACUUGGUCCUCGUGCCCCGACCAACCCCAAAUUUCUUGAGGAUCUAGAAAGGACCAUGGCGUUGUUACUCUUCCCUCCGGAUAGCUUAGAACCUCAACUUGCGGCACUUCUCGACCCUGAACUUCGUCGAACUGCUGCUGACAGUGUAAACAAAGCCAUUUUGGAGAAGCAGUCAGCUCGACGCGCCGCAGCCAUUCGUCAGCUCGUCAGAAUGCGAGUUUGGGCAGAGAACACUGCGCGGGACAAGGGGAUCAGUCUACCAGAUCGAUUUGACAUCGGCCUUCGAGGGGAAGAGCAGCGCCACCACGAUUGCCAACAGUCUCACAUUGGCAAUGGCCAUGAACCCAUGGUAACCAGCUGA